GUGAUGUGUGUGUGUGUGUGUAAGAUUAAGUGGAUGGUGUAGUACAAUGUGCACAAACAACUUGGUCUAAAAUCAACAAAACUCAACCAAAACGACUGACACAAGGGCGCCGAGAGCAAUCGACCCCGCUGUUGAUAUGCGUUCAACAAACCCAAAGGCCAGCUUUUGACGUCAUUGAAGCAUGGUCCUUUUCACUUGCUUGACACCCACACGGGGUACUGUCAUAAUCCUUCGAGUCGUCGCUGAGUAACAGAAAUGCAGCAUAAACCAACCACACCCCGGCUAAGCGAGCUCAUUCAUACUUUUUUCCCCCUACGUAUCUUCCUUUACUCAGUUACGUAUUGCAUAGUACGCGGUUUGAGGUCAAAACGGACCUUGACACCAGAAUACCGUCAAUUCAUUGGUGAUGACAUGUGAAGCUGACUCGGUAUGGCUUCAGUGGCCAAGGCAAAAGUUGGGUGAUCUGUGGAUCCGAGAUUGAGAAGCGGCUGAAAAAAAAAAGACAGAGGGAAAAAAAAAAGUUUUUAGGUCGUGGCAAAGCAAAAGAGUGGGUUCCUUGUUUAUUUUAUUUCACCUCAUUAUGAGCGAUAAGCGAAGUGAUGAGACGACAUUUGCAGAUUUUUCUCUCUGGCCGUCUGCCAUGCAACACACCAAGGAAGAACCUUAACUGGAUACGGAGCAUCGGCCAAGAUGGCCCUGGACGGGCUCCAUCCAAUGAUGUCAUGCGUUCCAACGUCGUACCUGGCCCUACCAGGCGAAAACCCGGCCUUGUCGGCGAGCCGGCCCACUUGGCGCGGCAGUUGGCCCCGGUUUUGCGGAGCCGCACGUCCGGGACCCUUUCGACAUUUGACCGGAGAGGUGAGGGCCCUGAUUAGACUUAUACACUGUGCGGCAACUGUCCAAAG